AUGAAACUCGCAGUUGCUGUAUUGUCAUCGAUCUUGCUUGCCUGCUCGGUUACUAUUGCCAGCCCAAUUAAACCUAGUGCAACUACAAGCACCAAGUCUAGCACCUUGACAGUUCUUCCCAGUUCAACUACAAGUACUGAAGCUAGCACCUCGCCAACUCCUAAUCCAAACGGCAUAGGUAUAAGUGGUCUUUAUCCACUUCCAAACAUCAUCAAGGAAUUGCUCAAAGAAUACAAGAAAACAAAAGAUAGUUUUCAUGAGCAAAAAAGUGGAUAUCACUCGAUAAGAUCUAAAUAUGGCGAUCAAUAUAUACUGCUAGGACGCUCGGGGAGAAAGAUUAAAGUUUUGGAAUAUAAACUUCGAGAAAGCGGCGGCAAUCCAGAAUAUGAUGGUGAAAUUCGGAGGAAAAGGGUUGAUCUUCAAAUCCAAAAAUCCAAACUUGACGAUCUUGGAAGACGCUAUGAUGAGUGUGAGUCCAGAUAUAAUCAUCUUAAAAUUAAACUUCAGGCCAUCAAUGAACAGCUCGUGAAGUCCGUUUUUGGAGAAACCUGGAAUUCUGGAUCAUUUAAUCAGAAAUAUCUUCUUAUCGGCUCACAUCCUUCCGUUAUGGAAUACCUUGAAGAAUUAUGUGGUCAAGGACAAUCAUCAGGAUGCAGUAAUAAUCUUGAUCAGAAUCAUGGUGAUCAGCAGCAAAGUCAAGAUCCGCAACCAUCAUCGAGUAGACCAUCUGGAUUUGGAUCCUUUGGACAGAGAGUUUCCGCUUUUGGACAAAGAGUUUCCGCCUUUGGACAGAGAGCUUCUUCCAGUAUACAGAGAGAAGCCUCCAGGCUUGUGCAUAAUGUUGGAUCACUCUUUCAGCAACCCAGAAAUGAUGGUUCACCCGUUUGA